UACCGGGCUCGUUGUGCAACUAGAGUGUCUGCUAUAGUUGGUUGUGUUAGUCGUUUUCUGCUAUAGUCGGUUGUGUUAGUCGUUUUCUGCUAUAGUCGGUUGUGUUAGUCGUUUUUACUCAGGUAUUUUGUCUUAGCAAAUUCAAUACAUUCUGUGGAAAUGGCAAAGAUUGAACUAAAGCCAGUUGGAACGAACUUGUUGAAGAGUGUUUCUGGAGAGGUUGUGCCAGGUUUAGAAAGGUCGAACGGCUUUCCUAGCCAGCUAACUUGCUACUUUGCGAGCCACAGGUUUGGCUGCCAGGUGUGCCGCUGGACAGCUGCAGAGAUCAGUAAACUGGAACCAGACCUGACAGCCCACGGUAUCGCCCUAGUGGGCAUUGGACCUGAGGAGACGGGCCUGGAGGAGUUUAAGGAGGGGGGAUUCUUCAAAGGAGACCUUUACAUUGAUGAGAAAAAGCAAUGCUACAAGGACCUGGGCUUCAAAAGGUACACGGCUCUAAGUGUGGUUCCUGCAGCACUGGGGAAGAACGUACGAGAGGUUACGACAAAGGCCAAAGCUCAAGGGAUCCAGGGGAACUUCACUGGGGACCUCCUACAGAGUGGAGGCAUGCUCAUCGUCGCCAAAGGUGGAGAAAAAGUACUGCUACACUUUGUCCAGGAUUCACCCGGAGACUAUGUACCAUUGGAGGACAUUUCCAAGGCUCUUAACAUCUCAGCCAAUGUACAAGCAGGGGAGAGACCACAGUGCAACGAUGAUGUUUGUACCAGAUGAAGCCUGAACACACCCUGGACUGGUGACAACUCAAGUGCACUUUGGGGAGGAGAGCUGAACCCCGACCACCAAUGAAGCUGGUCAAAUCUGGACUGUGAAGCAGGAUGAUUAUAACCUUUUGAAUCUAUUUCAAUGUUUAUUAUAAUGGAUACCCCAACUCUGUACAACCAAAUACAUUUUGAUUCUCGAUUAUAGUAGAUUACUAGAUGUUUUCCAGUUUGUAAAUCCGUAUUUCUAAAUGAUUGUGGAUAAUGUUAUUAAAUAGUAUCAAGUUGCUUGUUUACUGGUGAGUGGCCAGUCACUCCAGUUCCGUCACAGAGCGGCUAAUUUAAAUACCAACUGUAUGUGUGCUGAGGCUUGUGCUGACUUACGAACGCCUUGCUAGACAUUCCUAUAAAUUAUCCUGAUACUUUUUCCUUAAUCAGAUACCUAACAUUUAACAUUGAAGAUUUUAUUGUAUAGUAAUUUCUCAAUGGUCUGUGACAUUCUACGACGUACUGUGUUUGAAUAUUUUUUUGUAUGUAUGUGUCGUGCCCAAUUAAAAUGAAAACUUGCUA